AUGGAUUUCGAAAUUAUCAAAAUCGCUCGAGACGAUGCCACCGUCCGGUCUUAUGUAGAACGUUACAAGGCUUUUCGGCUACUGUCAUUACAGACGGCUCCAGAUAUGUUUGGCUCAACAUAUGAAAGAGAAAUUGCUUUCAGCGAAGAUACAUGGCUCGGAAGAUUGUCAAGUCCAAUGGCAACUACUUUUCUCGCAAUCCAAGAAAAUCGUGUCAUAGGCACGAUAACCACUGUUGGCCCUCUACCUUUUCUUCCAGAAGAAAUUGCUCCUACGAGCAAUCCAUGGACCGCUCUUGACGGCACUAAUAAAAAGCCUCUGUACUCUCACUUCCGCGUCAAUGGCAUGUUUACUCUACCUGACGUCCGCGGUCGAGGGGUUGCCAAAGCCCUUAUGCGCGAGAGCAUCAAGCAAGCCAUUCAGGAUGCGACAGACUCAGAAACUGAGUACAUGAGCAGCAUUGUUGUUGAUGCUGAUAACCCAUCAGCGGUCGGUCUCUAUCGGAAAUUUGGAUAUCACACGAUUGGAGAAGAGCCUCGGUCUCCUGGUAGUGCGAGGAAGGCUUUAUUGAUGAAGUAUUCUCCUGACGAGGAUGCCAAAGCUUUGCUACAGACAUAG